CUGUCAGCGCUGUCGGCCUAUCACAGCGGAGUGUUGACUCCCAUGAAGAUGCGUUCAGAGUCUCAGAGCACGCUGCGGUUAUACAGCGGCAGCCCCACGCGCUCCGACAAAGACACGGUGUCCAUCUCCUCCUUCUACUACAAAGAGCGGAAAUCCCGUCGUUUUAAGACAAAGAGAGAGGGGAUGGAUUACGGUCAGCGUCCCAUCAAGCUGGCGGGGAAAGUGAUCAUCCAGGAGAUCUCGUUCCUGCUGCCCGUCCACAAAGCCCUGGGAGAGAGCUACAUGUGAGACACGCUCCCCACAACACGAU